AGUGACUCGGAACGCUCAGAUGAUACUGUGGCAUCCCAGCCCAAGUUCGUCGAGACUGGUGUUCCCCUCAACAGGAGUCAAACAGCUGCUGCACUCGACAAGACCGAUCCCAAGUUCCUAUGGCCCAGAAUCCGAUUGACAUUGCAAGAUGCCUUCUCCGAGUUCAUCGGAACGUUCAUCAUCCUGAUGUUCGGUGACGGUGUCGUGGCUCAAGUCGUCCUGUCCAAGGGUACCAAGGGUGACUACCAGUCAAUUUCCUGGGGAUGGGGCAUUGGAGUCAUGCUGGGUGUGUACGCCGGUGGCAAGUCCGGAGCUCAUCUCAAUCCUGCGGUCACCUUCUCCAGUUGUGUGUUCCGAAAGUUCCCCUGGAAGAAGUUCCCGAUCUACAUGCUGGCUCAGACCCUUGGAGCAUUCUGUGCAGCCGGUGUCGUCUAUGCAAACUACAAGUCAGCCAUCGACACCUUCGAGGGAGGUGCUGGUAUCAGAACAGUGGGCGGUCCCAACUCGACAGCCGGUAUCUUCUGCACAUAUCCUGCCGAGUUCAUGACGCGGACGGGCAUGUUCUUCUCAGAAUUUAUCGCUAGUGCUCUUCUUAUUAUCGACAAGGUUCAUNUCCUCAUCUUUGCUCUUAAGGAUGAUUCAAACCUUGGCUCGGGCAACUUGACACCACUCGGACUCUUCUUCAUCAUUUUCGGUAUCGGCGCAUGCUGGGGCUGGGAGACCGGCUACGCUAUCAACUUUGCCAGAGAUUUUGGACCCCGUCUCAUGUCAUACUUCCUUGGGUACGGCAAUGAAGUGUGGAGCGCUGGUAAUUGGUAUUUCUGGAUUCCAAUGGUGUCGCCAUUCUUUGGUUGCACGUUCGGUGGCUUCUUGUACGACCUUCUCAUGUUCACAGGAGAGAGCCCGAUCAACGAGGAGUGGAUGGGCAUCCCUGGAGCUUACAAACGCCUGACGUCGUUUGGCAAGUCGAAANAGGAGAAGACCGAAUCCAGUCUGGUU